UAACACGCAGCCGUUAAAAGAGAAACACAUUACAGUUAGGUAUUUGUGUUUUGAAAUUAUUAAGAAUAAAAAAUAUUUGCAAUUCGUUAUAUUGUGUGGAGGAAUAGAUAUAUAAAUUUACAGUUUCAUAAAGAGUUCAUUCUACACAAAGUAGCAAAAUGGGAUAUUUUUACAUCAAACGUGUGACGAAAAGCGUUAUUGAAGGAGUGAUCAAGUUUUUAAAAAGAACGUACUUCCUUGAUGAACCGCUCAUUAAAUCAUUACAAUAUUGCACAUCGGAAACUGAAUAUUGUCCUGAAUUAGAAGAAUACUGCCGGAAUGUGCUGUCAGAAUUAUCAGUGAUAGUAACAGACGCUGAAGGAAAUAUUAUAGGUGCCCUAGUAAAUACAAUUGGUCUUAUUCACGAUCCAAUUGACUAUUUAUGUAAUAUAGAGCAAUGCGAUAAUAUAAAAGUACAAAAAUUCAUGAGAGUAAUCGCCGGAAGAUCGGGAGCAAAUUUACAAGAAAAAUUUCCUGAUGAUGAUAAAUCAUUUGACAUCAUCAUCGCGGCUACUGACAAGGCGUGGAGGAAUAAGGGAGUUAUGAAGAAGCUAAUGGAGGAAGCCCAAAAAAUAGCACAAGAACAUGGCAUCAGAUUGAUCAGGAUAGACACAUCUAGCUUCUACUCGGCCAGAGCUGCGGAAAACCAAGGCUUUACGUGCAUCUAUGAGAGACGUUACGCAGAUAUUAAAAUGAAUGGCGAACCAAUCGUCGUGCCGGAGCCCCCGCACACUAUGGACAAAGUUUUUAUAAAAGAACUACUAAAUGUAAAAAACGACGUUACGAAUUCAGAAUUUUCCAUAGUUUUUGGGCAAAAUGUCUGAUCCUGAUAGUUCCU